UGCAAGUUUCAUGUGACGGCGCAUAUCAAUUGCACCUGCAGCAUUGCGCGGUGUCUGGCUGCUGCUGCAUUCCCCCACCUCUCGCUUGGCUUACGCUGAAGUAUGACGGUGAAGUCUCAGUUGUUGCGAGCGCAGCAGCCGCGCGUGCUAGUGGUGGGUGGCGGUCCUGUGGGUCUGGCUACCGCCUUCAUGCUCGAGAAGCUCUACAACGUGCCCACCCGCGUUGUGGAGCGUCAGCGCAGCCCCACAUCGCAUCCGCAAGCACAUUUUAUCAAUCUACGGACGAUGGAAGUUCUCUAUGCUGCAAUGCCAGAAUUUCACGACCGGUUGUUGGCCCAGGCGGCGCCCAGCGUGCUUUGGCGCGACUACAUUUACUGCACGGGAGUGGGUAAAGCUCGAGAAAUUGCGCGUGUUGAUCAAUUCGGUCCCUGUAAGUGACGACGGAUUGGAAUGGUGAUAGGAAGUGAGACUGAGCUUGCAUUUGGUGUGAAGGUAUCCCACGUGAUACGGUUAAGCAGGCAAUGGCUACUGGUGACAGUCUACGGAAGUCCUUAGCAGCGUUGUCACCGACACAGUUCCUGCACUUCCCGCAGAACCGCUUCGAAACGCUGCUGGACGAGUUUCUGGCUGAAAACAACGUCCGUGUGGAACGUGGCGUCGAACUCGAGGGUCUCAAAUUACCAAUGGACAGUUCUGCCACAACACAAGUGACGCUGCGCCACAUGGAUACCAACGCACUCGAGCAGGAGACUUACGACUAUGUUGUGGGAGCUGAUGGUGCACACAGCCUGAUUCGUCAACUCUGCGGCAUUGACAUGGUUGGGACGCGCAACCUUCAAAGUAUCGCCAACGUUCACUUCACGAGCAAGGCCUUGUCAGAAGCUGCACGCGAAAACCCGGCUAUGCUGUACUUUGUGUUCAACAAGGAAGUGGUCGGCAUUCUGAUCGCCCAUGAUUUCAACCAAGGCGAGUGGGUCUUCCAGAUCCCAUUCUUCCCUCCACAGGAGUCGAUCCCUUGGGACUUUUCAACUGCCCAAUGUAGGGACAUAGUGCGCCAUAUCCUGCCCAAGAACGUCAAAAUCAGCGACGACGACAUCAACAUUCUGUCAGCUGGACAGUGGAGAAUGGGAGCUCGAGUGGCAAAGCAAUACGACGCUGGCAACCAACGCGUAUUCCUCGUGGGUGAUGCUGCGCACCAGUUCCCUCCAGCAGGAGGCUUUGGCAUGAACACGGGGCUGCAAGAUGCACACAAUCUGGUCUGGAAACUUGCUAUGGCGAUCCAAUCGAACGCUGAGAACUCGACUGACGCUGAUGGCAUCAACACUGAAGCACUGCUGAAGUCGUACGGCCGUGAACGCCAACUUAUCGCGAAGAUAAACACGCAGUUCAGUCUGAGCAAUGUGGCUCGAACCAUGAAGAUUCCACGAGCACUUAACGUAUCCCACGACAACGCGCAGACCUUGGCGAAGAUCAUCAACUCGGCACCAAUGCAACUUCUUCCACUGCGAGCCCAGCGGGAAAUUGCUCAGCGUGUUAUGCGUGUGGGAAAGAUGCCGCUAGGUUUGUUAGACGAAGCCAAGGAUGCUGGUGGAGCGGGCAGUUCAUUGGGUAAUCGCAUGCGCUCCAGCGUACAAGAAAUCGUGACACGUCGUAAGACACUGGGCAUGAUGUUUUACCACUUUGACAUUGGAUUUUCAUACGACGCAGCUUCGUGGGCGACGCGUGCAAAGAAACUCAUGGAAGACUCGGCUUUAGACAAGUCUGUGGAGUUCCGAACUGAAGUUGGCGAUGGUGAUAACAUCAUCUACUCUCCAACAUUCCGCGUAGGCGAGCGGUUCCCUCACUUCUGGUGCUCUAGUGAGAACGAGAAGGUGUCCACUCAUGACAUGAUUCGUCUUGCUCUGCAGAGUGGAAAAUCCAGCAACGUGCAGUUUGUUCUCGUCGUUGGUGGCCGUGAUGCUGCAAAGGCGAUUAAAUCCUGCUUGUCUUCUGGCUCACCAGCAGUGGCGAAGCAUAUUUCUCUCGUUGUGCUGCGCUCCAGUGCUGACGGCUCGGCGAGCGUGGAUUCUACUAUUGAGGAUGUUCAGAAAUCCUUGAUGUUCAGCUCGGUGUUCUCGUGGCAUGUUCUUGAAUACGAUAACAACGCAUGGACCAGCUUCAUGAACAACAAGGCGGCCGCUCUUGUGCGCCCUGAUGGCCACGUUGGUGCACUGUGGAAGACUGAGGAGCUCGAUGACUUGUCUGGCGCUACGCUCACGCGGUCAAUGCAGCAGGCAAUCCAGCUUAGCUAAAGACUCGGGAGUGAGAAAUAGAGUGAAUAUGUUGAUACUUUAGUGAAUUUACACGAUCGCUUCCAGCUCCCGUCGAGCAAGUGGUAUCUCCUUUAGAGGCUGCAGUUGCCGCACUGGUCUCCGCAUCUCCUGUCGAGAAGAGCUGCUGGUAUGUACACUAUUGCUACUGACUGUGACGACAGUCGGACGUGCCAAGAACGGCUCCAGUUCACUGGUAUCGGCACUCAUUUUCUUCUUCGAAUGCCCCACGUUCGAAGUUGACACAGGAACUUCAGGU